CUCUCUCGCAACCUAUCACUCUUUCUUUCUUCCUCUUCCCCCCACACACUAUUUUUUCAAAUCUAGGGUUUCCUCUGCGUCUAGGGUUUCUUCCUUCUGCAACCAUCAAUGGCGGCAAUCGCAGCUCCCCAGCACCGAUCCUCGAAGACGGAGUCCUACGUUGACAACAAGCGCAAGGAGGACAUCCGCCACGCCAACAUCGUGGUCGCACGCUCCGUUGCCAGCGCAGUUCGCACCAGUCUGGGCCCCAAGGGCAUGGACAAGAUGAUCUCCACCUCCUCCGACGAGGUCAUCAUCACCAAUGACGGCGCCACCAUCCUCAACAAGAUGCUGGUCCUCCAGCCCGCCGCCAAGAUGCUCGUUGAACUCUCCAAGUCCCAGGACUCCGCCGCCGGCGAUGGCACCACCACCGUCGUCGUCAUUGCCGGCGCCCUCCUCGAGCAGUGCAUCCUCCUCCUCUCCCACGGCAUCCACCCCACCGUCGUCUCCGACGCCCUCCACAAGGCUGCCGUGAAGGCCGUCGACGUUCUCACCGCCAUGGCCGUCCCCAUCGAGCUCUCUGACCGCGACUCCCUCGUGAAGUCUGCUAGCACAUCCCUCAACAGCAAGGUCGUCAGCCAGUACUCCACGCUCCUGGCUCCCCUAGCUGUCGACGCCGUUCUCUCCGUCGUCGAUGGCACCAAGCCCGACAUGGUCGACCUCCGAGAUGUGAAGAUCGUGAAGAAGCUCGGCGGCACCGUCGACGACACCGAGCUCGUGAAAGGUCUCGUCUUUGACAAGAAGGUCAGCCACGCCGCCGGGGGACCCACCCGAAUGGAGAACGCCAAGAUCGCAGUUAUCCAAUUCCAUAUUUCGCCUCCCAAAACCGACAUCGAACAGAGCAUUGUGGUGAGUGAUUACUCUCAGAUGGAUAGGAUUCUAAAGGAAGAGCGUAGUUAUAUUCUCGGCAUGAUUAAGAAGAUCAAGACCACGGGUUGUAACGUGUUGUUGAUUCAGAAGAGUAUUCUGAGGGACGCCAUUACUGAUUUGUCCUUGCAUUACCUUGCCAAAGCUAAGAUUUUGGUCAUUAAGGAUGUGGAGAGGGAUGAGAUUGAGUUCAUUACCAAGACACUGAAUUGUUUGCCCAUUGCUAACAUUGAGCAUUUUCGCACUGAGAAGUUGGGUUACGCUGAUCUUGUGGAAGAGGUUUCUCUUGGGGAUGGGAAGAUUGUGAAGAUUACUGGGAUUAAGGAGAUGGGGAAGACCAGCACUGUGCUUGUACGUGGGUCUAAUCAGCUUCUUCUCGAUGAGGCCGAGCGAAGUUUGCACGAUGCUUUGUGUGUUGUUAGGUGUUUGGUUGCCAAGAGGUUUCUCAUUGCCGGCGGUGGUGCGCCUGAGAUUGAGCUCUCCAGGAAGCUGGGUGCCUGGGCUAAGGUGUUGCAUGGGAUGGAGGGUUACUGUGUGAGGGCAUUUGCUGAGGCGCUUCAAGUUAUUCCCUAUACUCUGGCUGAGAAUGCUGGUUUGAACCCCAUUGCCAUUGUUACCGAGCUGAGGAAUCGUCAUGCACAGGGUGAGAUAAAUGCUGGAAUAAAUGUGAGGAAGGGUCAGAUUACCAACAUCUUGGAGGAGAAUGUGGUAGAGUUGAUUCAACAAUGUGGAAUUUAGAGAGAAACUGAAUCACCCAUUAUCUUUUAUUUUAUUUUUUUGUAUUUCGUUCUUUAAUUUUAUGAUGGUAGUUUAUGUUCUUUCUGGCUACUUUGGUUAAGUUCUUUUGACUUUGGCUGCUGCUUUUGUUUACAAUUUUGAAUGUCCUCAUGGAUUGUGAUGCUUGCUCAAGUCAUCGGAUUCAGAAGUGUUGGGGGUUUAUCAAUAGUUGAUGAUUUUUAUGAGCACCACUGCUAUUGAUUGUGUUCA